CUCCUUAUGCUUUUAUCGAGUCUCUUCGAGAGCGGAUGUUCAAGCCUUCUCUGUCAACUAUCAUCACAGAGAACACUAAAGUUGCAGCGGUGUCUCCUUCAGAUCCUGUGUAUGUUGCCACCAAAAAGAUGCGUGAACUUCGAGUUAAUUCGGUGAUUAUUAUGACCGGAAGCAAGCCACAAGGGAUUCUAACCUCAAAGGAUGUACUCAUGCGAGUAAUGGCUCAGAAUCUUUCCCCUGAGCUGACUCUAGUGGAAAAGGUUUCUUUAUGUGAAAUUCAUUUAUCCGACUCCAUUUCUAAUUGAAAAUCGGAUCAAUAAAUGAUAUGUUGAGACUACUGCUCUCAGGAUAUUAAGUCUAGAUCGUCCGAGUAUGACAUUAUAAGUUAAGAAAACUCGGAUAACUGUGAAUAUCAAUAGAACAGUACUCUAUUAUAGAUUUGUUCUUG